AUCAGUUGCGACAAUGAAGAGGAUGCAGAAAAUAAAAUAUCUCAGAGCAACUGGCACAACAACCGAGUUUUGUUGCGUGCCAUUGUGUCCAGUGAGUAGCAGGUGCAACAAAUUCCUCAGCUUUUUCAGCUUCCCUGCUGAUGAGGAGUUAAGGAAACAAUGGAUAGUGGCUAUCCGGAGAGCUGACUUAGCCAUCAAAGCUCACACUAGAGUUUGUAGCCGGCAUUUCAAACCUGAGGACAUAAAAGAGCCUGAGACAGAAAUGGGCAGACGGAGGUUAAAAAAGGGAGCUGUACCUGCUCUCUUUGAGUGGAAUAAUUUCUCCCUUCCACUCCCACCACUAGGGGUUUGUGAGAAGAGGAAAAGAUCACCACCAGAGGACGGUGAGGAGGAGGCUAACCCACCAGCCAAUGUCUGUACUAAGGAACAUGAUUAUGCCUCGGCUCCAGACCCUGCAGUUGUGGAUUUGGUGUUGGAGGAAAAUUAUGCUCUCUGGGAGGAAAUCUGCCAGCUACGGGAACAGGCCGAGAGCCUUACUCUGAGGCAGCGAUUCGGCAUUCACCGUUUCGCGUCAUCGGACAGGGACAUUAGAUUCUUCACAAGGUUUGCAUCAUAUGACCUACUGAUGCGUUUCUGGUCCAUGAUUGAGCCCUCUCUGCCAUCCAUGGUCAGUAUUCGCCAAGGACAGAGAGGAACUGCAAUCGAUUCCUCAACCCAAACCCUGCAGCCCAUUGAUGAAUUUUUCCUGUUCCUAAAUUACCUGGCCCUUGGAUCCAAGCAAUGGGAUCUUGCUGACCGUUAUGGUGUCCAUCUGUCCACGGUCAGCUGGAUCAUUACUGCAUGGACCAACUUUCUAUUCACAAUGCUUGGCUCCAUUAGGAUCUGGAUACCUGAGGACCAGAUCCACAGCAGUCUACCUGCCGACUUCAAGGACUACCCAGACACAACAGUCAUCCUUGACUGUAUUGAGCUGAGGUGCCAGUGCCCAUCUUCCCCUAUCCUCUUUUGUAAGAUGUUUUCAUCUUACAAAUCACACUGCACUCUAAAGGGGCUGAUAGGGAUUGCACCACAUGGGGCAGUGACCUUCAUCUCAGGACUGUAUGCAGGGUCCAUCAGUGACAAGCAGAUCACACGUGAAUCUGGUCUCCUCUCCCUCUUAAAACCAGGGAUGGCUGUCAUGGUAUACAGAGGCUUAAUUAUUGACGACAUUGUACCCUGCAAGGUUUACAGGCCAGCAUUUUUCUUUGGCAGGUCUCAGAUGUCUGCAGGGGAAGUUAGGGAGACCCCGGCCACAGCACGCCUUGGGGUGCAUGUGGAGACCCUCAUUCACAGAGUCAAAGAGCACAAGUUAUUUGACUCUGAAAUUCCCCUGUGUGUUCUUGGGAUUAUCAACCAGCUGUACACUGUUGCUUGUCUGCUGACAAAUUAUGAAAAUGGGUCACUGACAAAAGGCUCGGGCAAAGAUGCCUGA